AUUAUUAUUCCACCUGGUUUUAAUUUGACACAAAUAAUUUCUAAAUUAUAAAAAAUCAAAACAUUUGUGUUUGUUUUCCUGAAAAUAGUCUACUGGAAUUUAUAUGUAAAUUAUAAAAAAAAAAAUUGGCGACUGUAAAAACAAAUUUUAAUUAAAAAAAAAAAACGUAUGAUAAAAUGGCUUCAAAGAUUGAAUUCGCCGUAAACAUGACUUGCGAAAAAUGUGUCAAUGCAAUAAAAAAUUGUCUUGGCAACGACAAGGAUAUCAGCAAAUUAGAUGUUUCUCUGGAUAGAGGAACUGUUUUGGUAGAAACAAAACUUCCUUAUACAGUAAUACAAGAAAAGAUUGAAAGCUUGGGUAAACGAGCUGUAUUGAAAGGGUUUGGAGACGGCUCGAGCGCAGUAUCUAUGAUCGGUGGAACUUCUGGUUUUAGUAGAAAUCUUAAUACUCAAGGAGUUGUAAGAUUUAUUGAAACCCAAAAAGGAUGCUUGGUUGAUGGUACAAUCGAUGGAUUAAGUCCUGGAGCACAUGGAUUACACAUUCAUGAAUGCGGUGAUAUCUCUAAUGGCUGCGAAUCAGUAGGUUCACAUUUAAAUCCUUAUAACUGCAGUCAUGGAGGUCCUCAAGACGAUAUUUCUAAUAAACACAUGGGAGAUCUUGGAAAUAUAAUUGCAGACAAAGCUGGACGAGCAUUGUUUAGAUUUCAAAAUAAUGAUAUAAAAGUUUCAGAUAUCAUUGGAAGAUCUCUUGUUGUUACUGAAAAUGAAGAUGAUUUAGGAAAAGGACAAAAUUUGAAUUCAAAAAUUGACGGAAACAGCGGAUCUAAGAUAGCAUGCGGAAUAAUAGCAAGAUCAUGUGGAAUAUUUGAAAAUGUAAAAAAAAUCUGUAGCUGUGAUGGCAAAACAUUGUGGGAUGAACGAGAUGAAUCGAAAAAGAAGUACACUCAAUUGUUAAACUUCAAAAAUAUCAACCUCGAUGAAAAGCGAUAAUUUCUUUUUUAUUUUAAAUUGUACAAACUAUAAAAUAGUGGAUUAAAUGAUUUAAUGCUUUUAUGUGAUACUUUUUAAAAUUAUAUAAAAUAAAUUAUGUAGGAAAAAAAAAUUUAUUUGUCUUGUUAUCUGAAAUGUCACUUUUAGGUUCAAAAAAAAAAUCUUCCUAAAGAAUUAGCUGAUUCCAUUUUCCUUAGAACAAUUUUUACGUCUGUAAAGUAGCAUUGACGCAAUCCAGCAUCCACCGACAUUAUUAAUGAUUUCUCGGAAUCUAAUCAAGUAACAAAAUUCUAAUUACAGCAACUAAUUUGCAAUAAAUUUAUCAUCAUAAAAAUAAAUUUUGUUGCUUGAAUAUAAUGACAGAGAUAAUGAUGGUCAAUGCCAGUUUCACAGAUGUACAAGUUCUUCAAUUUUUCAGUGCCGAUAGUGAAAAAAAAAAUCAUUAUUUAAUUAUUGAAGAAAUAAAUCGCUUAAUUGUAAAAGGUUUUAAAGUUAUCAACUCAAGGUCUAAAGUUUAAAAAUUUAUCAUUACGCAUAUGGAUACAGCAAGUUCAUAUUUACAUAUUUACAUGGAUAUGUUUACAUUCAUUUAUUUACAUAUAUAAUAAGUAUUAAAUUUUUUUGCACAUCCAAUUGGAUGAGGAACUGAUCUUUUAAUUAAUUCGUGUUAAUGUCAUGUUGUUCGUUUUUAAGAUAUUUAAUUACUGUAGUCAAUAGAUUUUUUUUUUUACUGUUGUU